AUGAAGUACUACGCCGCUCAAGUUUUCGCUCUUGCCAGCAUUGCAACUGCAUUCCCGCAUCCCCAGCUUCCCUCGCUACCAUCCUUUUCGCUACCAACCGGAGGACUGGGUUCUGGGACAGGUACUGGUCUGGGAUCUGGUCUGGGUUCUGGCCUAGGCUCAGGCCUCGGUGGAGGUUCAGGCCUUGGUGGAGGAUUUAGUCUACCAACCAACAUCCCGUCUCUUGGGGGAAGUGGAGGUUUCUCCCUUCCAACCAACCUCCCCAGCCUGGGUGGAGGCGGCACUGGUACGGGUGGCUCGGGACUGAGCAGCUGGCUCAGCGGUCUAGGCGGAGGUCUCGGUGGAGGCCUUGGAGGCCUCGGUGGUGGUGCAGGUGGUGCUACAACAACGGCUAACCCUGCUGUGCCCACCCCUUCAAAGACUGGUGCCGCUACAGCACCCACAGCGACUGGCGGAGGCAACACUGGCGGUGCCGGCACGAUCGGCACGAACUGCCAGCCCCAAUCUGGAUCUUCCAACGCUUUCGGAGGAAGUGAGAACGGUAUCAUGGACAAGAACUGCUGCACCGAUAUGACUAUCGUCUUUGCACGUGGUACUGGAGAGAUGGGCAACGUCGGAUCCGUGUCCGGACCGCCCAUGUUCAAGGCGAUUCGCGAGAAGCUGGGCAACGACCGUGUUACUGUUCAGGGUGUUGACUAUGCUGCCUCUGCUGCUGGUAAUGCCAACCUUGGUGGUGACGGUGGCCAGAAGAUGGCCGAUCUGGUCAAGCAGGCCAAGUCUCAAUGCCCUGACACCAAGGUCAUCGUAUCGGGCUACUCUCAGGGUGCCAUGGUCGUUCACAAUGCUUUCAGCAAGGGUCUUUCUGCCACUGAUGUUAGUGGUGCUGUCAUGUUCGGAGACCCAUUGAAGCGCCAGGCUAUCAGCGGUCUCUCAGCCGACAAGGUCAAGCAAUUCUGCGGUACUGCUGAUCAGAUCUGCGGCGGUGGUGGUGAUGGCGGUGCUACUGGAAGCCAUCUCAGCUACGGCAGCAGUGCGGAUGCGGCGGCUACUUUCGCUAUCCAGGCCGCUGGGCUUGCUUAG